AUGGAAGGUAGCAGCAGAUUCCAUUAUGAGCACCUACUUCCUCCGAGUUGGAAGACAGCAGUAACAAGCUGGAUCGCCGAAGACACACCUUCGUUCGACUUUGGCGGCUACGUCGUCGGAGAAUCAGAGCAAGUCGCCAUUCUCUAUGGGAAAGCUCAAGGAAUGUUGGCAGGCGUCCCCUUUUUUGACGAGAUCUUCAAGCAGGUUGAUUGCAAAGUGGAAUGGUCACUUCAUGAAGGAGACUUGGUCAAUCCUGGUCCAAAUGGACGCAUAGAAGUCGCUCGUGUACAUGGAAAAGCUCGUAAUGUGCUGCUGGGUGAACGCCCUGCUUUAAAUAUGUUGGCAAGAGCUAGUGGUAUUGCUACCAGGUCGAAGAGACUAGUGGAUUUAAAAACCCAGAAAGGAUGGUCUGGUAUUAUUGCUGGAACUAGAAAAACAACUCCAGGCUUUCGUCUGGUGGAAAAGUACGCCAUGCUGGUUGGUGGAGCAGACACUCACCGGAUAGACCUGUCUUCAAUGAUUAUGUUGAAAGACAAUCAUGUGUGGGCAACUGGCUCUAUAACGAAAGCAGUUGAAGCAGCAAGAAUGGUUGGCGGAUUUGCCAUGAAGAUUGAAGUAGAAUGCCGAUCUGAAGAGGAAGCCGAUGAAGCCAUCGCUGCUGGUGCCGAUAUUGUCAUGUUGGAUAAUUUCAAAGGUGUCAAGUUGUUUGAAAGUGCCGCAUCACUCAAGAAACGAUGGGCUGGAAAGGCCAAAUUUUACAUUGAGGGAAGCGGCGGGAUAACUGAAGAAACCGUCCUGGAUUACUUUUCUCCAGAUGUUGACAUCCUAUCAUUUGGUUCUCUAACUCAAGGAGCCCCUUUCAUUGAUUUCUCUCUGAAAAUUCAACCAAAAGCUUAA